AUGGAAAUUAAUUUGUUGGAUGGAGUUGCAAAUGCGGGAAUGGUUGAACUUGAUGAUGUUCAUCUUGCAGCACACCUUGUCGAGAAGAAAUCUACAGGACAACCUUUCUUUCGGAAUGGUAAGUACUUCCUAUGCAGAUCAUUGCAUUGUGCUCCUAAAUCUUGUAAAUUUUUUUUUUUGGGCAAAAAGCCCAUACAGAGUGGGUAUAGCUAA